UACACGCUGAAGUAUUUACUCAGAUACUUUAUCGAACUCGUAAUUGCCUAUAUCGUAUUGUUUCUCUUUACAAUAGUAAAACACAUUCUGAGAUUUUUAAAGAACCAAAUCGUGACCUUAUUUGUGCAGAACUUUCGGCCUUAAGACCUGAAGAUUUACCAACUGCAAUAAAGGGGUACCAUGAAUGGAACAAAAUCGCUAACUGUUAUAUACUUAAUUCAUCUCUAGCAGUAGAAACUUAUAUUGAGAUUGAGUAUCAGAGACGCUUAUCUGCCAAAUAUUUUCCAGAAAUUUUUUGUAGUUUGAUUGCUAGUACUGGUGCAUUGCUAGAAUUAAUUGCAGUAGAAGAUACCAAAUUAGCCAAAGCUUCUCAUAUAGAAAUAUUUCAUACUAUUAAGAAUACUGAAAAAAGGAUCAAAAGUUCUGAUGCAGAAUUAAUAGUCAAUGCUCCAGAUAUCAAUUCUAAUGAAGCUGAAAUGCUUAAGCUAAAUCCUGAAUGUUCUUUUGAUGAUAACAUGACCCUGCAAUGA